AUGAUGUGGAAGAAGACAUUCUUGCUUGCUGCCUUCGCUUCAGUUACUUUGUGCGAUUCCAUCACCGACUGUCAUGCUCAUGGUUCAGUUUACUACUGUGUAAAUACAGAUGGUGUUGAGGCGUCAAUUUCGCCAGCACCCACUGGGAACCUGAAGCCUUCUAGCUACACUAGCUGCCAUAACCAUGGGUCAGAAACUUACUGUAUGAAUGGUGACGAUGAAGUUAGGUUUAUGGUAGAGACUACCGCCGAAAAAUCUUCUGCCUCGAUCACCAGCAUGUCUGCCCAGACUACUGCUGUCACCGGCUGCCAUCUCCACGGUGCAACUCAAUUCUGUCUCGAUGGAAAAGGUAAUGAGGGCUACAUGUCUCCAGUUCCAACGAAUACAAAAAGUGCACCUGUUAGCUAUACCGGGUGCCAUGCUCAUGCUACUGAGACCUACUGUCUUAAUGCCGAUGGAGAAGAAGUGAAAUUUGUGGUUGAGGAAACUGUUGAGGCUGCAAGUGGACUGGACGACGAUGGUGAAAUGGACUGUCAUUUUCACGCUGGAGUGGAACAUUGUAUCAAAAAAGGUCAACCUGAAAGUGGAGGAGAAGCAAAAUCUUGUGCAAGAGUUGACAGAGAUUACAAUGUACCAGUAAGAAUUGGAACCCUUUUUGCUGUUUUGGCAACUAGUGCUAUUGGAGUUUUCUUGCCUUUGAUCCUCAAGAAAGUUAUGAACACAACCUUGGAUGGAACUAUUGUGAUGUUCUUCAAACAGUUUGGUACUGGAGUCAUUCUCUCUACUGCUCUUGUCCAUUUGACCACACAUGCUCAAUUGAUGUUUGCCAACGACUGUUUGACCUUGCACUACGAAUCCACAUCGACUGCAAUUACCAUGGCUGGUUUAUUUCUUGGGUUUCUCUCUGAAUUUGUAACCACUCGAAUUUUGGUUGCAAGAAAGAAGAAAGCUCGAUGCCGCCACAGGCUU